AUGACCUCUUACCAGGCAUCGGCUGUAGCUUCAUCGUCGGAGGAGGAGUCUGACGAUGAUCCGCGUCAAGUGCCGCAUAGCAUCGGCAUCAUCCAAACGACCGCCAAUCCAGCACUCUUGCCCGCUGCUUUGUUUGAGCGAGAGUCAUCUCAGCGGAGUGCCACUUCAACGCCGGCCCUGUCACCGGGUCUGUCUCGAAGGUCAGGGUUCAUGAUGACUCCUACAGAGAGUGCGGAAGGCGAGGAUGAUGCCGUGCGAGUCAUUACCACGUAUUGUCCGCUACAAACACCCACCAGGGAGUAUCAUCCAGAUACCUUGGAUUGUAUUGCGCAAGCUGCACAAACACUAAUUGACCGGGGCGCCGUAGUGAUUGUACUGGAUACGGGCUAUUCGGCACUACAGACAGACCUAUCAAGGCGCAUUGCAGGGCGGGUCCCUAUUGUUGCAACAAGUCUCUUGCAACUCGCUAGUUUGCGCACAGUCAUGCCAAGUUGUGGUGUUGUGACACUCGACAGGCAAGGCAUCUCGAGUAUGAAUCUCGCUGCAGUCUUGGCAGACCCAGCUACGCCUGUGAUUGGGAUGGAUCCGUCCAGUACGUGGCGUCAACUACUAGAUCCAGAGGAAGAGGAUCCCGCGACAGAUGAGGCACCCGAUGCGCCUGUGACUGACCUGCAAGGGACACCAUCUAUUCCAAUUGCCGGAGGAAGAAGUCAGCCAAGGACACAGCCUGGGUCCUUGUCAAUGGGUCGACUGAGUGGUCCCUCACCCUCUAUGCAGCUCUUACCGGCGAGUUACUCUUCCACGUUUGCGUCUGUCCGUGCCUUUGAUGCAAGAGAACAACCCACCACGUCUACACGAGAGAAUGGCGUCUUGCACAAACUUCGUCUUGAGCGGUUGAUUGAACGCAAUGACCAAGUACUGCUGGACGAGUUGCUGACGGCGUGUAAGGCCAUUAUUUCACGGUAUGGCUGUACGUGCAUUAUACUUGAAGAACCACGCUUUGCCACGUUCACACGCAGGUUACAAGAAGUGCUUGCAGUGGAUGUGCCUGGGACGGUGCUCUAUGAUGUGGUUGCAACGGUGCAAUGGCUCUAUGCUGGCUACCGCAGUGCACGUCCCGCUCGUGCUGCGAAUGGGCCGAUGGCCACAUCACGCGCCGGACGCAUGACGCCCGGUGUAGCAACAGGGCCUGGUCCAGCACAGGGAGGGAUUGCACCGGGUGUGGGUCUUCCCCUGGAUGGCAACUAUAUCGGUGGCAGUAGCAACUUUAUUGGAAGGUCACUCUCGCGACGAGCUAUCCAUACGAGUGCACAGCAGUCGGGUGCUUUGAGUCCCGGUAUUGCGAGUCCUGUGCGACCUUCUAUACCCCGGUCUCGGUCGAUGCGGGAGCAAGUAUUGGAGAGGGUGGAGGAUGCGAGCAUCAUUGGCGAGACGAUGCCGUUGCCGGAUGUAUGA